AUGGAGAGUCAUACUGAAAUGGAGAUGCUGAGGACAGUGAAGGGACCUUCCACAGGGGAGGUCAGUGUGCACCUGGUGGCCAGAGACAGCCAAGGUUCCGGCCCUCACCUGCCAGCAACUGCCUUCAUCAUUCCAGCCAGCACAGCAACCCUUGGCCUGCCCAGCAGUGCCCUAGAUAUGACCUGCUUUCCUCGAGAGCCAAUCCAUGUGGGCGCCCUGGAACGGGUAGCCAACAGCGAACCAGUCACAGCCACUGUGCUGCCACAGCUAAGUGCUGGGCCAGUGGCCAGCUCUAGCGCCAGUACCGUGAGACUUCUGGAGUGGACAGAGGCUGCAGCUCCGCCCCCUGGGAGUAGCCUUCGGUUCCGGAUAAGCGAGUACACACCAAUGAAUAUGGUGGGAAUAGAGCAACCACGGAGCCCCAAGCGGCAAAAGGAAGGCAUGGCCGAGAGCGAAGAUGGUGGGCCCACAUCGGGAGGUGGCCGUAUGGACACCCAACAGCCCGAGGGCCUCCCUCAGGACCCUCCCGAAGAUCCUUCUCAGGACCCCUCAGAGAAUGACAGCGCCUGUCGGUGCCAGGCCUGCGGACCUCAGCAAAGCGCUGGUCCAGAUCUUGGUUCCUCCAGUAAUGCCUGCCCUCCGCUGUUCCAGGAGCGGUCUGUCAUAGUAGAGAACUCAGGCUGCACCAGCGCUUCUGAGCUCCUGAAACCCAUGAAGAAGAGAAAGCACAGGGAAUACCAGAGCCCAUCAGAGGAGGAGUCAGAGCCAGAGGCCCUGGAGAAGCGAGAAGGAAAGGAUCCAGAGGGACAGCCCAGUGCCAGCACUCCAGAGAGUGAGGAGUGGAGCAGCACCCAGCCUGCAUCAGGUGAGAAGAAGGAAGGCUGGUCAUGGGAGUCCUACCUGGCAGAACAAAAGGCCGUCACUGCCCCUGUCAGCCUCUUCCAGGACUCCCAGGCAGUCACUCAUCACAAGAAUGGCUUCAAACCAGGCAUGAAGCUGGAAGGCAUUGACCCUCAACACCCGUCCAUGUACUUCAUCCUCACUGUGGCUGAGGUGUGUGGCUACCGCCUGCGUCUGCACUUCGAUGGGUAUUCCGAGUGCCAUGACUUCUGGGUCAAUGCCAACUCCCCUGACAUUCACCCUGCUGGCUGGUUUGAGAAGACUGGUCACAAGCUGCAGCCUCCCAAAGGUUACAAGGAGGAGGAAUUCAGUUGGAGCCAGUACCUGCGCAACACAAGAGCUCAGGCGGCCCCCAAGCACCUGUUCGUGAGCCCAAGCCAUAGUUCCCCUCCCCUGGGCUUCCAGGUGGGCAUGAAACUGGAAGCUGUUGACCGCAUGAACCCAUCCCUCGUCUGCGUGGCCAGUGUGACCGACGUGGUGGACAGCCGCUUCCUGGUGCACUUUGACAACUGGGAUGAUACUUACGACUACUGGUGUGAUCCCAGCAGUCCCUACAUCCACCCAGUAGGCUGGUGUCAGAAGCAAGGAAAGCCACUCACCCCACCACAAGAUUACCCAGACCCUGAUAGCUUCUGCUGGGAGAAAUAUCUAGAAGAAACUGGGACUUCUGCUGUGCCCCCCUGGGCCUUCAAAGUGCGACCCCCUCACAACUUCUUGGUCAACAUGAAGCUAGAAGCUGUGGACCGCAGGAACCCAGCCCUGAUUCGUGUGGCCAGCGUGGAUGAUGUGGAAGACCAUCGGAUUAAGCUCCACUUUGAUGGCUGGAGUCACAGCUAUGACUUCUGGAUCGACGCCGAUCACCCAGACAUCCACCCUGCAGGCUGGUGCUCCAAGACAGGACAUCCCCUGGAGCCUCCUCUCCGGCCCAGAGAACCCAGCUCUGCCUCCCCUGGGGGGUGCCCCCCUCUCAGCUAUAGAAGCCUGCCUCACUCCAGGACCUCCAAGUACAGCUUUCACCACCGGAAGUGCCCCACUCCUGGCUGUGAUGGCUCUGGCCAUGUCACAGGCAAGUUCACAGCUCACCAUUGCCUCUCUGGCUGCCCACUGGCCGAGAGGAACCAGAGCCGCCUGAAAGCGGAGCUGUCUGACACGGAGGCUUCAGCCAAGAAAAAGAACCCCCCUAACCUGUCACCGAGAAAGAAGCCUCGCCAUCACGGCCGGAUUGGACGCCCUCCAAAGUAUCGGAAGAGUCCACAGGAAGAUUACCAGACACUUGCUCCUGAUGUCAUGCAGCAGUCCUUCUUCAUGUCAGCCUUGUCCACCCACCCGGACCGCUCACUGUCAAUAUGCUGGGAGCAGCACUGCAAACUUCUGCCGGGAGUAGCCGGGAUCUCAGCUUCUGCAGUCUCCAAGUGGACCAUUGAGGAGGUCUUUGGCUUCGUUCAGACCCUGACAGGUUGUGAGGACCAAGCACGCCUCUUCAAAGAUGAGGCGGACAUUGUGAAGAUCAUGAGCGUCAAGCUGGGCCCAGCCCUGAAGAUCUAUAACGCCAUUCUCAUGUUCAAAAACACUGAUGACACCCUAAAGUGACUGGCCAGGGCUGGGUCUCCUCCAGUCCUUGCUGGACCUCCCUCUCCAGCUGAUGGUUCCUUCCUGACUGGAGCUCCUCAUAUCCCCUCUGUACCCCCAUCCUCUGUAUCUGACCAGGCCUGGUCUUUCCUAAAUGGUGGAGAGGGGCCCUAGGGAAGGUCAAGAACUGGCCGGGGUCCUGGGGCUCAUUUGCCUUCAGGGGUCCUGGUGAGGACAUGACUGAGCUGGGCACCAUUGCGGGAGCUGCUUGCAGGUACUCUGUCUAAGGGACCCCACAUCUCCUGUAGACAGUGCUGUGAUCAAAGGCUGUUUUCCUUAGCAGUAAGGAAGAGUCCGGUAGAGCAAGAGUCCCCACCCUGAGGCUCUUGUUCCUUUUCACAUCUCUGUUAUUUUUCUCUU